AUAGCACGAAGAAAGCAGAGAAGCAAAUGCCCAACAACACAUCAAACCCCACGAAAAGCUUCAACCAUCCAAGGAGCUCUCGCCCUGACCAGCAAUGAAAGUUGUACUAAGAGCCAAGUCACAACCAAUCCAACCCAAACACCAAAAAUAAUACCCAAUCCUCCAGCAAGUCUUGCAUCGACAAUGAAAGAGGCGAGCCAACCUCUCAAUCCCGGACUCAGUAGAAGCCAACUAUAAAUUGGGAUCGAGAAACUCGGAACCUCAGGUGGUGCUGGGCUGUCAUCCAAAGAUUCAGCCAACUUCCAAGCGACUCGAUUGUUGAUUUUCUCCCACGUUGCUUCCUCUGCCAUCUUCCUGGCUUCGACGCCUAGUUCCACCCGCAAAUCUUGGUCUUUCCCUAGCUUUAUCACUUUCUCCACGAAGCCAUUCAGGUCGCUUGGUGGUAUCAAGUAUCCUGAUCGUCCAUCCUCAACAAUCUCACGUGGGCCGCCUUCAUCCCUCGCAAUGACAGGAACACCACUCGCCAUAGAUUCCAGCACGACCAGUCCGAAAGUUUCAGUGAUCGAGCAGUGAAGAAACACAUCGCCGACAGCAUAUGCUCUUGCGAGAUCUUCGCCUUUCAAGAAGCCUGUGAAAACAACUUUCCCUUCGUCGUUUAGAUAUCCAAACAAAUCUCUGACAUCCUGCUCAACUUUUGGAUUUCGAUUCCCGCCCACAAUCAACAGCUUGAACUUCAAGCCCCGCUCAUCCAAUUUCUUAGCCGCCUCAGCCAAAAAUUCAAAGCCUUUCUCAGGAGCAAGUCUCGAGACACAAACGAGAAUGAAUUCUUCAUUCGGAGCAAGUCGUUUUCUCAUCUCCUGAUCUCGUUUCUGAGGGUUGAACAUCACACAAUCAACACCCCUCCUCAGAUUCAUCAUCUUCGUACCCUGCACUCCCGCUUUCUCUAGAUACUUUCUCACGAACCCCGAAGGAUAAAACACAGUCUUGACAGAAGCAUGCCGGAAUAGAUAUCCCUGCACGGAUCUGAAGACCCAGACAGCCCAAUCGUCCAGUGGAGACGGGAAGAGGAUCUCACAGUAGCCUGAGAGAUCAGUCUGAAAGUUUAAGAGCACAGGCACAGGUCGCUGCUGUUGACGGAGUUGAAGCAGGAUCUGAAAACCCAGACUUGCCGGGCUGGCAAGGUAGAUGAGAUCUGGCUGGGAGCCAAAGGUGCGGUUGUAGAGAGCUGAGAGACGGACGGGGUACACGACUGAAAGUUCGGGGUUGUAUGGGAGCGGGUAGCCUUGGAGACGGAUUUCGAUUUCAUUGUUGGGCGUGGUGGUUGACGAGAUUGGUGGUGAAGAGUUGCUGGUACUGAUUUCUGGGGCGACGACGGCGACGUUCACGCCUUGGGAGCGGAGGAUUCGGUUGCGAGGAGGACUUUCUUGCCUCGUAGGACUUCCGGGAAGGGCAGGCCAGUAUGUAUUUCGCUUGGGGCCGCCAUAUUGACUGACUCGACAGAACCAAAAUUUUCGAAUGCGAAUUUUCAGAAACUCUCUCGAGACUUCUUCAUUUUCACGCGGAGAGAGGCAUUUAUCGGAACGACUCGCGUGCAUCGUCAUGACUCUGGACAUUACCCACCUGACACUUGAAGCCACACGGCACUUCGAUGCGUCUCAGCAACACCCCAAGAUCACCACAACAUUCCUGCCAUCCAACAUGCAUCCUGAUAUCUCGUUUUCCAAGAUACGAUUUCAUUGGCUGGAGUUGUUUUCUAGUGUUGGGGGUCCAAUAGGGUGGGCAACUGACAGCCGAGAACUAGCCCCACGUGGGUCAGUUCUAUGGAUGCAAGGCUGACAACAUUCCGACGACCCCUUCACCCCUCCUUUUGUCAACAUUGCAUUGUGUUUCUGUGUGUUCGAUAAUUGUACCACAGCCUUGAGAACGUGUUACUUUUUAUUGGCUUUCAAGCGCUUUUCUUUUGUUUUGAGAUUCCGACCUCGGUUUGUGUCUUGAGUUCUGCAAAAGGUUGCCUAACCUUGUGACGGGAUCCUUGGUGAUUAAGAUAAGGUAAGUAGUAAACGGUGAGUCGCGAUUGCCGGACAUACAGCUCUGCAUAUGCGCGUCUUUCUGUUUAUAUUCUUCGCGCUGUGUGACCGUUUCUCUUUCGGACAGACAUUUGUUUUUUUAUAGUUACAGAGUCUCUAAGACCAUCUGCUUUCCAUAAUUGCAUGCGUGAUCAAAGGAUCAUCGGAAGCUCUUUCACGGGUAUUAAUAGUACAGUACAGCCUUGUGAUUUCUAUUACUGACGAGCGCAGUACCGUCUGAAGCGCAAGGCUCAGAGACUCAACAAUGGACGGACAAAGACCGAACGUGGUCUCAGAGGCGGACUCGGAGCACAACUGCAACUACGUUUCAACAGCACCAACCACUCCAGACGGCAGUUUGACUUUCAGUCCAGUUCUACAAGCCAUGAAACUCCAAGAUGCGCUGGAAGAUGUGAGUAUCAACGUGGCAAUGUCGAGUAAAGUCACAAUAUCCCGAAAUGAAAAUGAGGCAAGUGCGAGGACCAUACAGAACAUCUGCUGCAUUGGAGCAGGAUAUGUUGGUGGUCCCACGGCAGCCAUGAUAGCUUUCCAAAACCCGCACAUUAAGGUGGCAGUCGUGGAUCGAGAUCCAAGGAGAAUCGCACAGUGGAACUCCAAACACUUACCUAUUCACGAACCUGGACUUGAAUACAUCCUCCGGAUCGGCCGAGAUGGUUCUCGAACAUGUAAUAUUUCGCACGAAUCCCACCAGAUUUCAUCUUCAUCGACCGAGUCUUCGUCCAGCUCUACAACAUCAGAAUGUGAGAGUCAGUGUGCGGAGUUCAGCGAGAUAGAUAUCCCAGCACGAAGUCCAAAUCUGCACUUCUCUACUGAGGUCUCAAAAUGUAUCAGCGAAGCUGAUAUCGUGCUCAUCGCGGUGAACACGCCAACAAAGACGAGGGGCUUGGGUGCAGGCAGAGCAACAGACGUCACUGCUUUGGAGGCUGUCACAAAAGAGAUUGCUCUACAUACCAAGACCGGGGCGAUUCUAGUUGAAAAGAGUACAGUUCCAUGCAGGACUUCAGAACUGAUUCGAGAUACCCUACAAGUCUACCGUCCAAACGAGCAUUUCGAAAUCCUCUCCAACCCAGAAUUCCUGGCCGAAGGAACAGCAAUCAACGACCUUCUCAACCCCCCACGAAUACUCAUAGGCAGCUCAGCAACCCCAUCUGGACGAGCUGCCGCCUCAACACUUGCUUCAAUCUACUCCUGGAUCCCACCUUCGCGAAUCAUCACCACCAAUACCUGGUCGUCGGAACUCUCAAAGCUAGUUGCCAACGCCAUGCUAGCACAGCGCAUCUCAUCCAUCAAUUCCAUUUCCGCGAUAUGCGAAAAGACAGGAGCUGACAUCUCCGAGAUCUCACAAUCUAUCGGCUCAGAUCCACGGAUCGGGUCGAGAUUCUUACAAGCAGGUAUUGGCUUCGGGGGGUCAUGUUUCCGUAAAGAUAUUUCUAGUCUAGUCUACCUUGCCGAGACAUUGGGGCUCGAUGAAGUCGCGGAGUACUGGACUCAAGUUCUUACUAUCAACACUUGGCAACGAACGCGUUUUGUACGGCGGGUGAUUCGCUGUCUAAAUGGGACGCUUGUUGGCAAGAAACUGGCGAUUCUGGGGUAUGCAUUCAAGAAGGGAACGGCCGAUACGAGGGAGUCGCCGGCGUUGGAAUGUAUCAAGAUUCUUCUUGAGGAGGGGCCGAUGGAGAUCGCUGUUUAUGAUCCUUACUGUACGCCAAGUCAAAUCACGAGCGAAAUUGAGAAAUUAGUUGGGAAAGAAGCGCUGAGAGAGAAUGGAGGAUGUGUGGAGGUUUAUGAGGAUGUCUAUGCUGCUUGCGAGGGCAGUUCUGGGGUCUUGAUUUUGACGGAAUGUGAUGAGUUCAAGACAUCAUCCGCAUCAUCCGAGUCUUCCUUCUGCAAGAAUACCAAAAGCGGUAGCAGGGAUCCCCGACCAUUCACUUCCCUCGAACCGACAGAGACGGAACUCUUUAGGCUCAACAACCAUCUCUCUCCGACUUCAGUACUGUCAACUUCAACUUCAGAUCCUCUCCAAUGCCUGCUUCCGCAACCUGAUUGUCCAGAAGAAUGCACCGAAUGUUCCAAAGUCUCCGAGGCGAAUAGAAACAGCUCGAGUCGAGAGAAGAACGGCGUCGGUGAAGUAUUAGACUGGAACAAGAUUGCAUAUCGUCUGCAGAAACCAAAAUGGGUAUUUGAUGGGAGGGGGGUGCUUGAUGCAAAGAUUAUGGAGGGGCUAGGUAUUAGGUUGGAGAGCGUGGGGAAAGUUGGGUGGGGUGGUUUGCAGAAUUGAGCUGUCAUUGAUAGUAGGCUGGAGGGGGAGAAGUCUGUUGUAGAUGAUGCAUUGUUAUGGUUGUUGUAUUUGGGGUUCGUUGAUACCCGCAUCGGCUACUCUUCGAUUUUUCUUUCGCUUAUUAGAAUGUCACAAUUAUAUUUUCGACAUCUCUCAUACUAAAGCUUCAUACUCUUCGUGAAACCCGAGCUGCGUCUAUAUAGAACUAUGAAUAAAC